AUGUUAAACCACUUUGGAAGGAUUCUCAGCGACCUCAGCACACAUACACUGUGGUACCUUGCUUUGGCAGUAAUAUGGGCCCCAAAGAAUCGAUUGGAUGUCACAAGGUCUGCUAGUGGGAUCCAAAAACGUGGUUAUAGCAUAAUUACCAACACUUUCAUGUUCAUUGCAUUCACAUUACUCCUUUGGUUUGAUAAGAGUAGAGCAAUAUAUGCAACCUCUAUCUGGAAGACUCCUUAUUUGACAAGGCUUCUUGACCCUCAAACCCGGCGUACGGCAUACGUGGCACCAUUCCUUGGCGCUGGUAAAUGCUGUACCAAGGAACAACAAAUUAUGAUAUAG